CACCACCCAGCCCGCCGAGCAGAGCAGAGCAGCGCAGCUCAGGCGCCUCCACCUCCACUCCGCAGGCUUCCCCUCCCACUCAUCCAUCUCGUCCUACUUGACCGCCUUCCACGCCGCAUCGCCAACCCGCGCGCGAUGUCGGAGGAGGACGAGGACCAGCCGCCGCCGAAGCGGCCGAGCGCGUCGCCGCCCGCGGACCAGGUCCUCGACAACGUGCUCGAGACGGUGCUCAAGUUCCUCGACGCGCCGGGGGACCGUAGCGCCGCGUCCCUCGUCUGCCGCUCCUGGCACCGGGCCGAGUCCGCCACCCGCGAGUCUGUCGCCGUCCGCAACCUCCUCGCGGCCUCCGCGGCCCGCACCGCGCGGCGCUUCCCCAACGCGCGGAGCCUCCUCCUCAAGGGCCGCCCGCGCUUCGCCGACUUCAACCUCCUCCCGCCCGGCUGGGCCGCGUCCGCCUUCCGCCCCUGGGCCGCCGCCGUCGCAUCCGGCACCUUCCCCGCACUCACCUCGCUCUACCUCAAGCGCAUCCCCGUCACUGACGCCGACCUCGACCUCCUCUCCGGCUCCCUCCCCGCAUCCUUCCUCGACCUCUCCCUGCUCCUCUGCGACGGCUUCUCCUCACGCGGCCUUGCCUCCAUCGCCACCCAUUGCAGGGGGCUGCGAGUGCUCGACGUGGUGGAGUGCGACAUGGCCGAGGAGGACGAGCAGGAGGUGGUGGACUGGGUGGCGGCGUUCCCGCCGGAGCCGACCAACCUCGAGUCGCUCUCCUUCGAGUGCUACGGGCCGCCGGUUGCCUUCGCCGCGCUCGAGGCGCUUGUGGCGCGGUCGCCGCACCUCAGCCGCCUGAGAGUCAACCAGCACGUAUCGCUCGGGCAGCUGCGCCGGCUCAUGGCGCACGCGCCGCGGCUGACGCACCUCGGCACCGGCUCGUUCCGGCCGGCGGACGGCGGCGACGAGGGGGUCAACUUUGGGCAGAUGGUGUCCGCGUUCGCGUCCGUUGGGCGAGCGCGCACGCUCGUUUCGCUGUCCGGCUUCCGUGACCUCGCGCAGGAGUUCCUGCCAACCAUCGCUGUGGUGUGCGCCAACUUGACGAGCCUCGACUUAAGCUACGCCCCGGUCACCCCCAAUCAGAUUGUAAUGUUCAUCGGGCAAUGCUUCAAUCUUGAGACGCUAUGGGUGCUUGACUCUGUGCGUGAUGAAGGGCUCGAGACCGUGGGGAAUUUCUGCAAGAAGCUCCAGUCUCUUCGUGUGCUCCCAUUGGACGCACACGAGGACGCCGACGAGUUGGUUUCAGAGGUUGGCCUUACUGCCAUCUCCCGGGGUUGCCCUGGGCUCCGUUCAAUAUUAUAUUUUUGCCAGACAAUGACCAAUGCUGCUGUUAUCACCAUGUCGGAAAACUGCCCGGAGCUCAAGGUAUUCCGGUUAUGUAUAAUGGGACGACACCAGCCUGACCAUGCGACCGGUGAGCCUAUGGAUGAAGGGUUUGGUGCCAUUGUUCGGAAUUGCAGCAAGCUUACCAGGCUGUCCACAUCUGGGCACCUUACUGACCGGGCAUUUGAGUACAUUGGCCAGUAUGGCAAGUCCUUGCGGACGCUCUCCGUGGCGUUUGCUGGAAAUAGUGAUCUGGCGCUGCAACACAUUCUCCGGGGCUGUUCAAAGCUAGAGAAGCUUGAGAUAAGAGACUGCCCUUUCGGUGACGCCGGCCUCCUCUCUGGGAUGCACCAUUUCUACAACAUGCGUUUCGUCUGGAUGUCAGGCUGCAACCUGACGCUGCAAGGGUGCAAGGAGGUGGCUCGUGGGCUACCGCAGAUGGUGGUGGAGUUGAUAAAUGGGCAGCCUGAGAAUGAAAGGACCGAAGGUAUUGACAUCUUAUACAUGUAUCGGUCACUUGAUGGGCCAAGGGAAGAUGUACCACCAUUUGUGAAGAUCCUUUGAAGCUUCUUCUGUGGCGGCCUGGGAGUAUCAUGCUGCACUUGAUAUGCUGAGUGCAGAUCAAAGGCAGCCUAUGUAAGUUGCUGGAGCUGCGGAGAUGGUCCAUUUUUCUCUGUUUGACGUCUGAAGAAGGAUUUCCAAGCACUAUAGGGGAGCAGCGGGGUGCCCAAUUGAUGUGCAAGUAGGGGUUCAUCAGUGUAUGCAAAGUUUGCUACCGCAAGAUCAUAAGCGCAGCAGAGCAGGCUUCUUCGAGGGGGCGUCUGCGCCGCCUCAGUUUUGUUUGCUGCUCUGUGAGCGUCCGGUUUGAGGACCGUCUUUCCAUGCCGGCGCAACCACCAUGGUGUCUCUAAUUUUUCAAAGUGAAGCUUGUUAUCAGAUUUAAAUUGAUUAGCACUUUCCCUGUGUUGUUGCAUAGCUUUCUUUCCAUUUUCGAGGUUCGUCAAUUUCGGAACUCUAAGCAAAACCUCCUGAACUGAGCUAUGUUAAAAUUUCAAUGUUCCUUGUCUCAAA